ACCUUGUAUCUUGCGUGCGGGCGCGCGCUUUUUCAAAUAUCCAUCAAGCAUUAACACUCGGGCCGCUAAAACGGCGGCAUACACGACAGCUGGUGUUUAGGAAAGCAGCUAUCACAUUUGAAUAUAUUAGUGGUCACAAUUAAUUAAACGAAAGAGUGAUUAAUUUGAUUGAUUUUGCAUGAAAAGUUUUAGAGCUCUUGGCUAGAUUUCGGGUAUUUACCAAAAACACGGAGUCUUUAGAAAAGGGUCAAAUUUCCUAUUUGCACUACACCAUAAGUUUUACGAUUAGGCCGGACUACAAGAAACGAUCAUUGUUUCCGGUUGACAUUUCGGCUGAAGGCAAACUCGGUGAACUAGAUAUUCAUCAUGACUGUUUGCAGGGGCGUUUAAUGUUUAGCAUUGUAUUGUGAUGUUUCCAGUGGGAUUUUGUGUUUCGAUAAGAGACUGCGAUACGGCAUGGGAUUGAAACGAACGAUAAAAACCUGUUUUUCUUCAACAAAAGACGACACGAAAUGUGUACUGGUGAUACCGAUAAUUGUGGACUCGUUUUGACUUAAGGCACGCGUUGACCUUAGCAGGUGUUUUUCAACUUUAAUACCCUUCUACGAGUCAGAGGCAAGAGCACUGUUCGGAUCGAUGCCAGGACUUCAGUUAUUGUCAUUAGCGCCAUACGUAGCGAUUGGAGCGAGCUUUAGCUCAUUCCAAUCCCACAGCCGGCAUCAGGGUUUUCUCCAUAAGCCGCGCAACACCUGCUGCUGUUACUUCCAUUCGACGACCUGUUGGCAAGGUGUCAGGAACUCUAAUUGCCAUGGAGCUAUUGGGGUGUUUAGUGCCACUAUAUGUAAUGCACCGACUCGUGCCGUUUGCGUGCGGGGCGUGUGUGGGCUUAGCAUGCUACGUACUGGCACGUCGUCUAGCUGUACGGCCCCCCCGUGCCCGGCUAACGUGGGCCGUCACCCGCCUUCUGCGAGCUGCACGAUUUCGCGGUACCAAUGAAUCGUUUUCGCGAGCCGAGCUUUGUCCCGUCGCAAGUGCGUACCAUAAUGCCGAGCCGCAUAUGCCGCUUCUUACGCCUGAGCUUCAUUCAGAGGUGGCUGGCGUUGUGGACAGCAUUCUUCAGGGUUUUAUUCUGCCCUGGUAUUCGCCUUUAUCUGAAUCUGAAGAGUUUCCCCGACACAUCGAAGGAAUUCUCGAGGACACAUUUCUUGAGCUAUCCCACAAACUAGCCCUCAUUCACCCCUCACGUGCUUUGCAAGUGUCCCUCGAAAUAUUGUGUUGUCACAUUCAACAGCUGCCCCGCUGUCAGCAAUCUUCCGAGUCGCUUGGGGCAGAUCACCCAGCUGCUGUGGAUCGCAGAAGCGAAUGGCUUUACCUACAAAGCUUAGCCACUCUUGCUCUCAGGCUUGUGGAACCCGGUGACAUUCUCACCGCUAAGGCGGUUCAUUUACUUGUUCUUCACAUUAUCUGCCGAAAUGUGUUACUUCCGCUGGUUGACUUGAUCUCGAAGCCUGGCAUAAUUUACUAUAUUGUGGUGGCUGUGUGCACACCGAACUCAAUUGGUGAAAAAGAAGAGACUGGCUUAUCUUCACCGGAUGCAACGUCUACCGACAUUGCUGUUGAGGCGAAAGGUUUUGGAGGUGUACAAGAGCCAUCAGUCAACGAUGUUCUUAACGUGAUCGUACCAACUAGUCUAAGCACCCGGCACUCCUUCUCGCUACCGGCUACAAGUUCGUUACGACACAGUCAUCUCCGAAGUCACAAUUCUGUCGACAUCGAACGCGCGGUCGAAGCCGAUAACUUUGCAUAUGGCUCAGCUGUACACAAGGUGCGCAUUACUAAGACGGAGUCGCGUAGUGAGCUUAACAAGGGUGUAUAUACAGUAUACUGUAUCGAAUAUCAAUCUCAGAUGGGAGGCCCAUUAUACCGAACCAGACGUCGCUUCAAUGAAUUCAUCAAUUUGCAGACAUCCCUUAGAAAGCUGGGCAGAUUCGACCUGUCACUUAGAGGAGUUAAGGGCCCUUCAAGGUGGCUGGCGAACCCGUUCGUGAACGAUAAAAAGAAUGUUAUAAAUCGAAAAAUAUACCUCCAAAAUUAUCUUAUACAGUUGUCAGGUAUACCUGAAGUGGUACGCACGGUUCAGUUCCAGCUAUUUAUGGGAGUAUUAGGUGAGCCGGACAACUAUUUUACUGGGGGCUUGGCAACGGCAACAAGCAGUUUGCUACGAAUUGACCAUAUGCUCGCAGAAGGCGUUCGCGGAGCCCUAGAUCUGAUUAAAACGGCCCUUCCAGGGAAUGUUUCCCUCAACAAAGAAAUUAAUGAUGAUCCUCAUGUAGCGAAUGCCAUUUAUCGUAGCAAUAUCUGGGAACAGCAGCCAGUACAGCACCAACCGCCACCUAGUAGCUUUGUGGAAUUUAAAUACGACCGUGAUACUAGCAGUCGUCGGUUAAGACAAGCCGUGCUGAACUAUAUAGACAGCUUCGAUUUGGCGUCCUCUCCGGAAUUUUCGCCAGUUCACUGCGGGGGAGUCAGUCCAAUGACACCAAUUUUUCCGCAGGCGGCAACUAGAUCUGAAUUUGAUGAGGGAUGUCAGUUGACGGAUACUUGCCAUAAUGCUACCACUGCAGUCGAUGGCCUCCAGUCACUCUUACCAGGAGGACUUCAGCAAUUAUCAGAUCAGUUACAGCUUCGCUUGACGUUCAGCCAGGGUCGCCAAGGACCAUCGUCUGUAAGCGGUGCUGAAUCACUUGGUAGACCUAGAACAACUUCACCUGCGUCUCCGCGUUGCAAUCCAUUGAUCGGGGCAUUGCUUGAUCUCAUCACGGUCAUAUUAGAAGGAAGCGGACAUGGUGCAUCGCGGGUACCUGUUCUUUUAUCCCGUUUGCAAGGUUUGAUAGGGUCUCUAGCGGAGGAGUGGCUGUCCGAUAAACUUGAAGAAACAUUUGCGCCCCAUAAUUGUGCCACAAUGCUGCAUAAGCUACACCUUGUCAUCAGUGGUUUAGCUCAAGCAGGCGGUGAUAUAUCACCUGUCGAACGUUCUCAAGAUGAGGCUCGUCAGGCAUUGCGCUCACUUAUGCCCCCCUGGGCGUUGGCAUAUCUUCCCGUAAUAGACCAACUGAUUGAUGGUGUGCUGGAAGCUCUCAGUCAAGAAAGAUUCAACCGAGCACUCGUCUACAAAUUGGCCGAUGCUCUUCUUGAUUUAUUGGCCUCUGUAGAUAGUAUCGAAGAAUGGACAGCUGGUCACAGAUAAUAUAUUCGUAUUAGUAUAUUAUCCUUUCUAGUACUUAACUUAUUACAAGUACGAAAUUUUUCAUUACGAAAAAGGGGAUCAAACAGUCUUGAAUGAGUUAACUGAAAAAUAGACGUAGAACUGUAUUUCAGUAUUCAAGAUGUGUUGGACGAACUAGUUUCGCGUAAAUGUAAAUCGCAAAGAAUGCAAGUGUAGAAAAUAGUUGAUUGAUAAUAAGUAGCCAUCUCUAACCAAUCUCGUGCAAUCAGAAAUUAACAAAAACAAGUGCUUGAUAGGCGUCAAUCUAUCACCGCGGUUGUUCCGAGAAUGGAUAUUAUGUUUGGUAGUUUAAAAGAUAUUUUUGCGAUACCAUUAGUGAUAAACCAGUACGAUUGUGCGGUAGCUAAAACGGUACUUUAUUGGUCAGAGCUAAUAAUAUUCAAAUGUACUGGUGCGUGAUGUGUUACUAAGAAUUGGAAAAUGAAAUCAUAUACAUAAAUGAUAGUAUGCUUUAUUGCGAUAACGUGUCUGGCUGCCUUCUGAAUUAUUUGAAAAUACCUCUACUAGUUAUAAAAAAAUUAUGUAUAUAUUGAAACAGAGGAUAGUUGGAUAGGUGAUGUAUCUACAGGGUGCAGCACCUAAGUCAGAACCUUGUUUUACACUUUGUUUCUAAGAUCAUAUCUAAAUUAAGACAACAAAAAUUAUUAGAUUUGUCAGAACUAUCUCUGAGAGUCAGGUUUAUUUAGUAUAACCAUUAUUGACCACGAUUACAGCUUCACUUCGCAUCUUCAACCAUUCAUUAUUUUGAAAAUAUUCCUCCCUUAAUCUUCAAAUAACUUAGUCCUACUACCCGUGUGUCAAGCGAUACUAAUAGGCAUGAAC